AAUAUGGCCGCGGAAACAUCGUAGGAAUUAUUUGUAAUGUUGAUCUUGAUGGCAACGCUUUAACCUGUCAUGCCAUCGUCAGCGAAAAAGAAAGUUAAAGACCUUCACUUGGCUUCCAAUUUAGAGGAACUGAACAAAAUAGCUGAUCCAGGCUUGCCCGUUGACAGAAAUGCGAACCCCACACCAUAUAUCAAAUCAGCGGAUAAAGUUUACCUAAAAGCUCAAGAUAAUGAUCUGGAUGGUGAUGAGGAGUAUGCCUAUGUAUACUACAUGCGUUAUUUUAAAAUCAUCAGCUUGAUUAAAAAGAGCGUCAAAUACAGUGGUAACAAGAAGUAUUUUGACAAUUUAUUGGGGAAAAACAAAAUCAUAAAGUCUAUUGAGCGCGCAGAAGCUUUGCAAGGAAGCCUCAGGAAAAGGUAUGAGAAGCUUAAAACUCAGCAGGAUGCUGAGGCAAAAGCACAGGAAGAAGCAAAGCAAAAAGAAGAGGAAGACAAAAAAAAAUUAGCUGCACUGAAGGCCAGAAAUGACAGUGACAGUGGCUUUGAGAGUGAUGUUGAUUCUCGCCUGAAUGGAAAUGGAAUAAGUUCUUCCUCUGAAGUUUAUAACAAGCUUAAGGUCAGCCACAAUUCGAUUCUUACUCCAGAAAUGUCAGAAAAUGACAGUGGUGCACUCAUAAGUGGACUGGAAUCUCCAGCCUCAUCAUUUGUGACAGAUGGUGUGAAAUGUAUAUCAGCACAAGAACUGUACAAUCUCAUAAAAGUGUCUGAGUUCAAAAUUCUGAUCCUUGAUUGUCGACCCCAUGCCAAGUUUACUGAAAAUUGGAUCCAGUGUUCUUGUUGUAUAAAUAUCCCUGCUGAGUUGCUGGAUCAAGGGGUGUCAGUUGGCAGCAUAGAAAGAAGGCUGCCAGAACUAACAAGAAAGGCUUGGAACCGGAGAGGAGAGAAAGAGUUUGUUAUUUUAAUGGAUGAAUCAACCAAGGUUUCAGAAAUAACCCCUGAAUGCAGAAUUCAGAGGCUCAAAGAUGUGAUAUUCACCUAUGACUCCUACAGCUCAUUGAAACAUGAACCAGUAUUUCUUGAUGGUGGAUUCCACAGCUGGCUUUGGCAUUAUCCAUCAUUGGCUAUGAAACCAGAAUUACCAAUGGUAAGGUCACAACCUAAAUCUGUAACUCCCGUGGAUUUGUCAUCUUUAGACUACCCUGAACUACCUGAAGAUAAGAUAUUAAUCCCCCAGUCGACUGUGACCAAGCCUACUUCAAGCCCCUUGCAGUAUCCUAGCAUCCCAAAUGCUGACCUUCAAAAUAUGCUGGGUCCAAAGGACAGUACUGAACAAAACAAAGCAUCUUCACCAGCACAGGCAGAAUUCAGCUCAAAUGUACCAUCACCAGGACAACCUGGAAUUAUUCCAUCAGGAGCAGCUUGGAACCAUGGUCCAGGAGCAAAGUUUAGGCAACUAGGAAUUCAUCCUGCAGUCCCUCCUUCACAACCUCCUUCUGACAUUGGAUUGCCAAGACCUGCUGAUGCAGGUUCUCUCCAACAUGAAGCUCCAAAACGGGAACCAAUGAAUUUGCCACCAACACAAUCUGUUUCUUCAUCUGAAGGUUCACCACUUCCUUCAGUAGGACCACAAUCAUCUGUGGGAAUAGUUCCCCAGGCAGUCAAUCCAUCUUCAGCAGAUUUAAGGACAACAGGCCCUGUGCCUAAAACGAUGGUGCCCCAUUCAUCAAGUCAACCAAUUUUUCAGCCUAACGUUCCUUCCACAGCUCCUAAAACAGUGCCAAGCACCCAGCCAUCUUCUCAGUCAAGUGUAGUUGUUGCAAAGCCCUUUCCAAAGCCAAGUGUGCCAUUCACAGGCUCUUCAAAUACACCAACUGCUCAACCAGGCACUCCACCAAAGCAACCAUCCAACCUAAAAUCUAACUUACAGCCUAGUACAUCCAUUCCUGGCACCCAGCCUUCCAAUGUGAAUUCUAUCCCUUCUCCAGUAACACCUGCGACUUCUGUGCAAGUGACUCCAGUGAUAUCAACUUUACCCUCCCCUCAAGUUUCUGGUGUUGUUUCCCCACCCCACCCUAACAAUGUGUCACAGCAAGUAACACAAAGGGUUGAACCACAAAACCAACCAUCUGUUUCUCCAUUAGUGAGUCAGGUGCCUCAUAUUUCUCAUGCCUCCAUUUCCACAUCACAAAGUCAUCAGGUAACCACAACCUCUAUCCCAGGGGCGGAUGCAAGGAAUAUCAAUUCAACAGCUGUGAAACCUAGUGCAGCGGCUCAAUCAGGAAGCCCACAGCAUUCACUCCAAGGGCCAAUGCAGAAUAAGACCAGUAGGCCCUACACAACUGUUGGUAAAGACUCUGCUUCCUCAGCUCCACCAAAUAUUUCAGACUCCUCUCAACAACCUGAUAGCCGACCAAGUAACUUUUUUACUUCACCUGGACUACCACAUGGAUGGGAGAAGGUUAUUGAACAGAACAGAACUUACUAUAAAGAUCAUAAUACACAAACAACUCAUUGGAAUCCACCAACAACUGGAAAAGGAGAUGUUACACCGCAAUCUGGUGCACAAAGGCAGCAGCAGCAGCCUCCAGUAAAAAGACAGUCUUCAGUAGAAAGGCCAAAACUGCACAGAUCCAAUUCUUCACCAAACCUUGCCAAGAUCAAAGAUCAAGGCCCUUCUGGUCCCAAGAAACCAAUAAUUGAUCGUUUAUCAAAACCAGAGUCUGGACAGAAAGGACAAACAAGGCCAGUUGUGAACCGUGUUGCCAAACCUUUGUCUGCCAAUCAGCUUGAUAGUUUUAAUCCAAGCUAUGGUGGUCCAGGAAUAGGGUUAACAGGACUACGUAAUCUGGGAAAUACCUGUUACAUGAAUUCUGUGGUACAGUGCUUAAGCAGUGUGGCACCGUUGGCAAAAUAUUUCAUGUCAGGAGUAUUCAGGGAAGAUAUCAACAGGAGUAAUCGAGAUGGAACUAGGGGUGAACUUGCUGAAAGCUUUUCAGUUCUCAUUAGAGUCUUGCAUUCUGGGCAGUAUAAGUGUGUGUCUGCAGGAGAAUUUAAACGGACAGUUGGCAAGUUCAAGUCUCAGUUCUCAGGCUAUGACCAACAUGAUUCCCAAGAAUUGCUAGCCUUCUUAAUGGAUGGUUUGCAAGAGGAUCUCAACAAGGUGAAAGUCAAACCUUAUCUUAAAGCACCUGGAGAUGAUUUAGAUCCUCAAACAGCUGCUGACAUGGCUUGGGAAAAUCAUAAGAAGAGGAAUGAAUCAAUUAUGGUGGAGUUGUUUGAUGGCCUCUUCAUGUCGACUGUACAGUGCAUGGUUUGCUCCAAAGAAUCGAGAACUUUUGACUCUUUUUCAAACCUUACCCUUCCACUGCCUCCUCACAAGAGUCAAUGCACACUUGAGGAUUGUCUCAAAUUGUUCACUAAACCUGAGAAAAUGGCAGGGGAUGACAAGUGGUUUUGUCCAAAGUGUCGACAAAGAAGGGAAGCCAGUAAAAGAAUUCAGAUCUGGAAGCUACCCAGAAUUCUUGUGGUCCACUUGAAACGAUUUCAGUAUGAAGGAAUGUGGCGUCAAAAACUACAGACAGGUGUGAACUUCCACAUGGAUCAAGUGGACAUGUCUGCCUUUGUAGUGGGUCCCAAAUCUGCUACACGUUGUUACAACUUACAUGCAGUAUCCAAUCAUUACGGAACCAUGCAUGGGGGCCAUUACACUGCAUUUGCAAAAAAUGUUUAUGAUAAAAAAUGGUACAAGUUUGAUGACCAAUAUGUAACUGAGAUGUCUCCUCGAGAUGUUGUGACAUCAGCUGGUUAUCUUCUGUUCUACACAUCAAUUGAUUUUCCACCUCCAACCUUCAAUUUCAAAUCUUGAAACAAGCCAGCACACUGGACAUUUUUCAUGCUAUAAUUUUGACAGAAGCAGGAUUAUUUAGUAGUCUAGUUCAAUUUAAUAUCUCAAAAAGGAAAUUAAACAAACAUAGACAACUAUGUGUAUGAAACUCAAUUAAAUGAUUUUAAAGUAACAGUUGCAGCCAGUAGGUGAAGCAUCACAUGUACCCAGAAAUAUAAAAGCAGAAUGAAAGGAAGGUGAUCUUUUAGAUCAAAUCAAUAAACUUUAAAUUUACCCCGUAUGGUUCAGUUUUGUGUAUAAAAAGUUAUAUUUAACCCCAAACAGACUUUUAAUUUUUUAAUUUUCUUUUUCCUAUGUGGUCUAACAGUUAUUUUUGAAGUACUGAAAGAGUCUGUUCAUCAUUAGUUGUUGCAAUUUAUGUAGACAUAGAUUAUGUUUUUGGGUUAGACCUUUUUUUUUUAAUUAAUCAGUCAUUUAUAAUGAAAAAUCUGCUAUGAAUACUGAGCAAAGUAUAAGUUAUAUGCAUUUAAUGUAUCAGUUACAGAUUUCUAGAUUUCACACUGAUAUUUUGAUUCGUGUGUUGGGGUUGAUGCUGUCGAUGUAAGUAGGCUGAACUGGUCGCAAAGGAAUACUCAACUGAUGGCUUCCACUUCUUUGCUAGAUCAGUUCUGUGGUUUCCCCACUUUAGGACCUUUAGCUAGUGGUAGUUUCCUAUUUACAUCAAUUUGAUUGUUGUAAUUUAGGCAGCUGUACAAGUUUCUGUUCUCUCAAAAUAGUUUUGAUUAUCAUUGAUGAUUAUGGAUGUAACAUGUAAGCAUGAUGGAAUUAAAGGUACUUGUAAAGGAGAAA